AUGACUCCGCCAUUCGAUAUCCUCUCAGAGAGCUGCCUCGAAACCAUCAUCCUUCGAAUACUUGAACUCGUACCAUCUGCACGCAUCGCGUUUCUCUCGUCGUUAGGAAAGCGUAUCCAUGAGUCGGCUGCUCGCGUACUGUUUCAUACUCUAAUUGUUCAGGACGAUGAACAGACUUUGCUACCAUCAGUGAAUACCAGCUCUGCAGCCGUCAUCGCGAACCCGAGACGUUACGCGAAACAUGUGAAGAAGCUCAUUGUCCGAGAUUCAGAUGCACUGAUGAGAACGGCCAAUAUUGUCACGCUACCCAAGGAUGAAAGCUCCUCCUCGACAUGCACUCCUUUGAGUACCACCUGCCUGGAAACCCUUUUGAAGUUGUAUUCCAAUCUCGAAGCAUUAUGCUGGGAAGGUUGCCUUCAACCCCCCGACGGCUUGUGUGAGAUCCUUGUUGGUUGCAAUCCUCGCUUACGUUCUUUCUCUUACGAUCCGCCGGCAUUACCCUUACCACAGCGCAAGAAUCUGAUCAAAUGGGACGCGCCUUCCCUACCUCUUCUGGCUGAUCUUCCUAUCACAACGCUCCGCCUGUCAUGGCUAUCUCAGACAGGGACACGUACAUUCACUUCUCUUCUUCAAGAUCUCGGCGAGCAUUCCACACUGGAAGAUCUCAGUGUUGACUUCGUAUGGCUUGACGACCCAUUAUGCGAAGCAAUAGCGGCGAACGGCCGAAAGCUUCGUAGACUACGGCUCAGUACAAGUGGUACAAAGUUGACUGAUAAAGGUAUCAUCGCGAUACUAGAGGGAUGUGAUGCGUUGGAGGACCUCUUGCUUGACCAAAUACAAGGUCGCUUAAGCCGUGCUCUGUGGUCGAAGCCGACGGGCUUUCCUAAGUUGCGUCGACUUCACAUAACAAUCUCUGAAAGCGGACCUUCUCAUUCUUGGACCACGGAUCAUCUCAUGUCCUUGGAAUAUCUGCCAACUGCCGGGCUCAGCGAAAUGUCUGUGACACGAACAGAAGCGCCUCCGCGCAUAUACAACGAUGUUCCCAUGUAUGACCCUACCGUCGACGAUACCGUCUCGCUGCAACCCUUACCGGCCGCUAUGCAACGGCUAUUUCGAGAGGCUAAAUCAUUUACAAUCCUACAAUGUGAUUUCUGGAUGUUUUCUAUCACCGACAUCAAAAUGAUUCUCGACGGUUGCCCCAGGCUGGAGUCUGUGCAAUUCUGUUUGGACGCCCCUUUUUCUAAACUUCUUACCUUGACCUCGAUCUUUGCUAAUCUUUCAAACCUGAAUCAGCUACGUGUUUCUGUGAAUCACGUACAUGCACCUGGUAAGCCACCGGUGCCCUUGCCGCCUCAUGGUCCGCCUUCUCUUCCCACCCCUACGGAUUCGCCUGUUCUCAAGUCGAAGGCCGUCUUGCCCCAACUAUUGGACUUUGAUCAAAUGCAGAAUCAGACAUGUCUGGCGAAAGCCGAUUUAAGUGAUCCUUCGAUGCCGCUGCUACGCGACAUAAAGCGCUUUGUGCGAAAAUGUCCAAAACUCGAAACUCUAGAGUGGUACGGAAAGUUUGGACGAGGCUCGUGGAUCGUGAAACGGGCGGUGAAGUCAAAGAUCAGCAUGAAUGUCUCUGUCGAAUAUCGGCCUCCAAAGAUUUCAGAUUCUGUAUGGGCCAUGAUGACUCGAGAGCAGGAAUUCGAGAUGAGCAACAUGCGUUGGAUAGAGACCGUCAGAAGAGGUCAGGAAUGGACCGGAGAGAAAGCCGAACUUUUGGCGAAGGAGCGUCAAGUUAACAACAUGGAUGCUAGCGCUUGUGACGGUGCCGAUGGUAGAUCUGGACGAAACAGAGGAAGACCGAAGAAAAUACGGGCCUCAUCCAUUUCCACGUCGUCGUCGAACAGCGACCUAACUCCAUUAACUCCGAAAUUAUCAGAUGGAUUCCCUGUUCAGAUGUUUUCGCCACUAACGCCACCGCAUUCUGAUUUCCUGAAGCGCCUGGCCCCGUUGCAUCGGGAAAGGGACGACACCGAAGUGCGACCACCUCAUCAAGCCAAGAUUCCUGCGCUAGGGAAGGAAUCCCCGUCAACAAGGGCAACAGGGCAAGAGGGAGGGGUAGCAGGAGAAAUGCGAACACUUCCGGGAUACCUCCCUCGCAAGGACAAGGAUUUGGAAGAGGUGAAAGGAGCGCGAAUUCCAGGCCACUUACAGCACGCAGUGGAAGGGAAAAAAGAGGACUAUGACGUGAAAGCCAAGUUUCAAUGGCGCUGUAUUGCAAAUGGAUAG